ACACAACCCAUUUUUUUCAUCUUCCGAAGCGACUACUUCUAUCACUAUAUUUCAGGCGCAGUUAUCAUGGGGCGAACGGAGAAGUCCCAGGGCCUUGCACCUCCUGCCAUUCGCAAAGACAUCCGCGCGAAGCAAGCACGUCAUAUUAUCAACAAAGUUGUACCAGCUAUUCUAGCUUCGAACCCGAAAGCCAGGCGAGGCGCUGACACUAGUGAGUUGGUAUCUGAUCCAGGUCCAGCAUCAAGCAAGCAGAUCCAAAAGCUUGAUGAAGGCGGCGAAGACGCAGCGUACGUUAAGCGCAAAGGUCAAGGACGACGUAAAGCAAAAGGCGGGCAAGAUAUAGACGAAGAACAUUCGACGCCGUCAAGAGGCAAAUCCAAAAAGAGUGGGAAACGAGGAAACGAUUCGCUUGAUGAAAACGUCCCAUACCCUGCGAGAAGUCAAUCUGUAGGCCCUACGUCACGCACGAUCAGAAUCGUCACAACAGACAGUCUCACCGCCGCACAAAUGCUAGCUUCCGAGCAGUGUAAGAAAAACAAGAAGCCCGAGAAUGUCUGUAUACUGAAUAUGGCCUCGCCGUUGCGCCCCGGUGGUGGCGUCCUGAGCGGCGCCACAUCGCAAGAAGAAUUUCUCUGCGCCCGCACCACACUCCUGCCUUCUCUGAAAGAAGACUACUACCGUCUGCCUGAGUUUGGCGGCAUAUUUAGCCCCAAUGUACUCGUCUUUCGCACCCCUGGUCCCCUUGGCGAUGGUGCUGGGGAGUUGGGCGCCGGAGAGAGGUAUUGGGUCGACGUGAUCAGUGCAGGUAUGCUGCGAUUUCCUGAUUUGGAGGGCGAAGAAGAAGAGGUGAAAAGGCUGGGAAACAAAGACCGGGAUGUUGUGGAGAGGAAGAUGAAGGCUGUGCUUCGAAUUGCUGCGGCGAAGGGUGUGAAGAGGCUUGUUCUUGGAGCGUGGGGCUGUGGCGCGUACGGUAACCCUGUGAUUGAUGUUGCGCGGGCUUGGAGUCGUGUGCUCACUGGCUCGUCAAUAGUGGGUGCGCAGAAAGCUAAGUCUGGCCCAGCUGAAGUCUGGUCGGAUCUGGAGGACGUUAUAUUCGCUAUCACCAAUCCUAAGACAGCGAACGAUUUCGCAAACGCCUUUGACGUUGGUGUUCAGGUCGAGGACGGACCACGUAAUCCUGUUGCGAGCGAUGAAAAUGAGGGUGGAGAGGACACGGUUGCGCAGGAAUUGCGAUCGAAGAUCGAGGAAAUGGAAAGUCAAGUCAGCAAAGUAUGGAACGCAGAUCUAAAGUCAAGACUAGCAACAGUGCUCGAGGGACUCAGAGUACAAUUGCGAGAGAGAGAAAGUGGUGAGGUUGAACGCAACCCAGAGAUGAGUGGAGACGAGAUCGACACUGCUGGGUACGACUCUGAUGGAGAUAUCGAUCAACCCGACGCGGACUCUGAUGACGUGGGUGGUGUUGUACUUAAGUCGUAGC